AUGAGUGUGGUUAUUAUCGGUGCUGGUAUCUCUGGCCUAAAGACUGCAUCGGCAUUAUACAUGCAUGGUGCUAAAAAUAUUAAAGUGUUAGAAUCCAGAGGAAGGAUUGGUGGGCGUUUACAAACUGUCACUGGGUUCGAUGGUAUUAGAAAGUACGAUUUAGGGGCUAGUUGGCAUCAUGACACACUUUGUAAUGACUUGUUUUCUGAAGGUGUGGAGGCUGGUGAGAAAUACAUAUUUGAUGAUGAUUUCUUUAUUUAUAUCGAUAAAGAACGUGGUAGAGUGGAUAGAGAUUCCGAGAUGAGGUUGGAGAUUAUCGAUCGAGAGAUCAAUAAAUAUACUGAUAUAGAAUAUUAUCAAAAAUUAGGUUCAAAGGAUGUUUCAUUCCAAGAAUUAACAACAAAAUAUUUGUUCGAAAAGAGAAAAUAUCUGACCGAUGAUCAAAUUAGAUAUUCUGCUCAAGUUAGUAGAUACCUAGAAUUAUGGCAUGGUAUCGAUUGGAAACAAUUGAGCGCUAAGGACACAUAUUUUGGUCAUCAAGGUAGAAAUGCAAUGGCUUUAAAUUAUGAUAGUACAGUAGAUCGUAUUGUGAAGACUUUCCCUAAAGAAAUCAUUGAAUUAAAUACUGAGGUUAAUUCUGUGAAACAAGACAAAAACAGAGUGAUUAUAACCACCAAAGAUAACAAGAAAUAUGAGGCUGAUUAUUGUGUGGUCACUAUUCCUCAAAGUGUAUUGGAAUUAUCAAUCAAUGAAUCUGCUAAACAAGAAACUGGUAGAAUCGAAUUUGAUCCUCCAUUAAACAAUAAUAUUAGAAAAGGUUUCAAAAGUGUUCAUUUUGGUGGUCUCGGGAAAGUGAUUUUCGAGUUUGAAAAGAUCUGUUGGGAUAGAAGUGAUGCUAAGAUUGUAACUUUAGCUCAAACUUCAGGUUCUUUUGUUGAUGCUGUUCGUCAAGCAAAUACUUUCGACGAUUUAUUAAGAUAUAUGGAUAAAGAGAACUCUAGAAUGGUCACUAGGGAUUGUUGGAAUCAACCAUUAUACUUCAAUAACCUGGCCAAGGGCCUUGACAUGGCUAGUUUUAUGAUGUUGAUGCAAUCUCCAUUGACUGAAUACAUCGAGUCAAUCCAAGAUGAUAAGGAUAAAGUCUUCAACUUUUUCCAACCUGCUUUAGACUCGGUAUUAAAAUCAUUAGGUGCAAAAAAUGUUGUAAAUGGUAUGAACGAUUUGAAACUAACUUUCGAAGAUAAUGUUCCUGUUCUACGUAAUGUUAUUGUCACCAACUGGACUCAAGAACCUUAUUCUCGUGGUGCGUACACUGCCUGUUUCCCAGGUGAUGACGCUCUUGACAUGAUCGUUGCAUUGGAUAGAGGUCAAUCGUCUCGUAUCAGAUUUGCAGGUGAACAUACUGUCAUGGAUGGUGCUGGUUGUGUAUAUGGUGCAUGGAAAAGUGGUCAACGUGAAGCUGAUUAUAUCGCAGAAAGAAUGAACUUACAAUAA